AUGGCGCAGUCAAUGUCAAUGAAACAAAUUGGUGCCCGGCAUAUGAGCUGUGCCGUGGACAUAAUGGAAUGGAGUAAUAAAAUGGAUUUAAUAGCAUAUGGCACCGAAAAGGGAGAAGUGGUUAUUCAGAGAUUGAACUGGCAAAAGAUAGUUACCUUUCCGUCCCCAGGUGAGGACAUAAAAGUAAAGGGGCUCAGCUGGCAGCAUGAUGAGACAGUAGUUGCUGUAGGAUACAGCAAUGGCCAGGUUUCUUUGCUAGACGUAGAACGAGAAGAAUGCAUUUCAAAUCUAAAUUACGAUGAUGAAAUUAAAAAUGUUUAUUUCAGCAAGCCCAUCAACACACCUGACUUUCGUCAAUUGUAUCGAAAUAAAACAGAGAUCACUCACGAUUUUUUUCUCCCGUCCUUACCACAACUUAAUAGCUUGGGAGUUUCUUCAAAAGUACAAGAACACAAAUCUUUUGCUAAGGGAACUCCUAGCUUCUUGGUUGUACUUCUUAAAAGUGGAAAAGUUCACCUGCUACUUUUAGGGGCACUAAAGGCCGGUUGUAUAGAUCUAUCGAAACAUGUACUGUUCGCCGAAGAAUUGGAAGUGUAUGAUGUUCGCCUUAGUGGAGAUUUCGAUGCGAUGUAUGCCUUGGUGCGAUAUGGAAACCAGUUAAACGUAUUGCAUUUUCGUAAUCCAGUCUUUAGCGAAUAUAUGUCACCUAUGAUGAAGUUAGCACAGUACUGCGCUAACAUACUGGAAACAAAGAACUAUAUUAACAAUACACUUCAAUGCAUGUUGGAAGCGUGGGAGACUGUCCUAUUGGAAAUGGACAAUAAGCUUACAAAUUAUGCCAAUAAACAAAUAGAGGGAUUUCUGUCCGCUGAUUUUAUGGAGUUGCUAGUAUUUGGUUACGCUACCAAUGAAAUCGAAGAAUUUCUCACACAAGAUCUUACGGAGAAGGGAGUUAAAAAGCUUCAGAACUCCGUAGAACUUAGCUAUUCCACAAUACAAAGCUUGGUUUCUAAGCCUUUGCAAAUGGCUACAAUAAAUAUGUUUUAUUUUUUAAAUACCAUAAAAGGCUUAGCAAGGGUGCUACAUUACUUUGAACCCUUGUUAAUACAAACAUCUACUGAGACUGCUGUUCGCCAGUGCGGAGCAUUUCUAAUGAAAAUUAUGGAAACUCAACAAGUGAUUGAUCAAUCGGUUAAUGACAUGAAACUGUUCUUCUCAUGGCUCUGCGUGGUUAUAGUACGUCUACACCAACAGGACGUUACCGAAGACAUGGCCCAAUUGUCUAUGGAGGAUACAAUAUAUUUGGCCGAAUAUUUAAAUAGUUUUGAGGAUAGUGUUGUUGAGAACAGCGACGGUUCAGUAACUAAAAGAAAGUUUAAUUUAGAAAAGGUGGGACAGUACCUAGAGGAUAAACCCCUGCAACAAGUAUUGAAGACUGAUAUGCAUCACAUGUGGCAGAAACUGCUGGAUGAACAUGAAUGUCUACGUAAUUCCACGUUACUCUAUCCGCACGAAAAGAACCUAUCUCUGAUACAACAGAGGGAUAAACUGUUUGCUGCUAUCGAUUUGGUAUUUGAGAAACCGAAUGAGAGCAUUAGUGCGGGUUUUGAGCUUGAUGGAACCUUUGUGUGCCGACAGCUAACCAAAAGUCCAGAAGAUAAUUAUGAAUUUAUUAAAAUGUCGUACUUUGUGUGCGAAUCAAAAAAACUUGAUCUCGUAGCAGUUACCAUCGGCUGGCAAGAGUGUUUAAUUUUGGGAUUCGAUAGCAAAUUCACACAAAUGCAAAUGUUCCGCUUGCAAAGCCUUCCUGGUCCCUUUACAAAGGAAUUGUCGAGUGAUUUGGAGAGUUUGUCUUUUGCUGAUUUACAGUUUUACAAUGAUGGUGUAAUCUCCCUACUGCUCGUAAACAAAGGCGAGGAAAAAUCGCAAAGUUAUUUCGUGCAAUUUCCUCUCGAUCAAGCCAAAACUAAUAGCUCCCUGCAUACAUUGCCUCAAGAAUAUCUGAAUGUGAGUGACUUUUCAGCAGUACACAGUAUUUUUGAUAUAAUUGAUAGUAGCUGUUUUAAGGGAAUGGAUAGUCUAUGUUCGCACCUAUCCGUUUCUGGAUGUAGAAAGGUGGCUUCAUUACUAUCGGAUAAACGAAAGAAAAUGAUUAUAUUUGAGAUGGAAAUUGAAGAUGAUGACGACGAAAUAGAAAUGUCACAAAACUCAAUGCUGGACAUUAGUAAGGAGUCAGCCGUUUCAUAA